GCAGAGUAGAGCCUCCAUUACAUCUUUUCUUUUCUGCACCAAAACAAAAUCAAAAACAAAAAAAAAAGAUAUCUUUUUUUUUUUUUUUUUUUUUUUAAGAUAAGAAAUCUAAGUGAAGAAGCUCAGCUCUCUGAGUUUUGAGAUUGACAUUUCGUUGCUUUGGUAAUAUCAGAGAAGGAUUGGCUUUCUGUAGCUCUAAAUCUCCGAUCCGAGAGAGAUUUGAUUAGGUUUUUCUAGGGAGAGAAAGAGGAGAGAGAGAGAGAGAGGAAGAGAUGAAUGGUAUGGGGAGACAAGGGCUGAGAUCUGGUGCGACGGGGGUGCACCAUCAGAGGCAAUACUCCGACAACUUCUUGGAGACCUCGUCCAAUGGGAGGUGGCUCCAGUCAGCCGGUCUUCAACACCUUCAGUCUUCCAACGCUUCCGGUGCUCUUCCUCCUCUUCAGGAUUAUGGUUUCUAUGGCGGCGGUGGUGGUGGAGGAGGAGGAGGGCAGGGGUCUAGGAUGUAUCGGAGUUCGCAGAGGGGCUUCAAUGAGUUCUUCAUGGAGCCAACGACGCCUCCGAGCAAUUUGCGGAGGAAGAACGGCGAAGAUUUGCCCAGUGAGUUCAGUCCUGGCCUCCUGGAUCUGCAUUCUUCCGAUACCGAGCUUCUUCCCGAGAUGCCAGUUUCCAGCCUGUAUGAUGGUAACUUUUUAUAUAAUCCUGUUCGAGGUCGAAGUUUUGACGACUCCGAGCCAUAUAUUUCACAAAACAAUCAAACUGGAAGAACUCGUGGUUUGCCAGAAAACAGCCUCCUGAAAAGUUUUGCUGCAGACAAAGAGAAAGCCAGUUCUGUUGCGAAGAUCAAAGUUGUGGUACGGAAGAGACCACUUAACAAAAAGGAGUUGGCUAAAAAUGAGGAAGAUAUUAUCGAAACACAUUCCAAUUGUUUGACAGUUCAUGAGACGAAGCUUAAGGUUGAUCUGACAGAAUAUGUUGAGAAGCAUGAAUUUGUUUUUGAUGCAGUGCUCAAUGAGGAGGUGUCCAAUGAUGAGGUAUAUCGUGAGACCGUGGAGCCCAUUGUUCCUAUAAUUUUCCAACGUACAAAGGCAACUUGUUUUGCGUAUGGACAAACAGGUAGUGGAAAGACUUAUACCAUGAAACCAUUGCCUCUUAAGGCAUCACGAGAUAUCUUAAGGUUGAUGCACCACACUUACCGCAGCCAAGGAUUUCAGUUGUUUGUGAGCUUCUUUGAAAUAUAUGGGGGAAAGCUUUUUGAUCUCCUCAAUGAAAGAAAAAAACUUUGUAUGAGAGAGGACGGCAAGCAGCAAGUUUGCAUUGUGGGCUUACAAGAAUACAAAGUGUCAGAUGUAGAGACAAUCAGGGAGCUCAUUGAGAAAGGAAGUGCCACCAGAAGUACUGGGACAACUGGUGCAAAUGAAGAAUCAUCUCGUUCGCACGCUAUACUUCAGCUUGCUAUAAAGAGAUCAGCCGAUGGCAGUGAAUCAAAGCCUCCCCGUAUUGUUGGCAAGCUCUCCUUCAUAGACCUUGCUGGAAGUGAACGAGGUGCUGACACUACAGAUAAUGAUAAACAGACCAGAAUGGAAGGUGCUGAAAUCAACAAGAGUUUGCUUGCUCUGAAGGAAUGCAUCAGAGCUCUUGACAAUGACCAGGGUCAUAUUCCAUUCAGAGGCAGUAAAUUAACUGAAGUUCUUAGGGAUUCAUUUGUUGGCAAUUCACGUACUGUGAUGAUAUCUUGCAUAUCACCAAGUUCAGGAUCGUGCGAACAUACUCUCAACACGUUGAGAUAUGCAGACAGAGUGAAGAGCCUGUCAAAGGGGAGCAACCCAAAGAAGGACGUGUUGCCUCCAACCUUAAACCUUAAGGAAUCAACAACAGUGCCCUUAUCUUCUGUUUUACCUACUUCCUCCAAUUUUGAGGAUGACCAAGAUGGAAGUGAUGAUUUUGAUGCGCCAGAAGAGACUUAUGAGCCACCAAAACCCGUAUGGAAGAAGAAUGGCAAGCUUGAGCCAUACAACAUUCCAACUACCGAUGAUAAAUUGCGGAGACCUAAUGGUCAGACUCAGACAAAAUGGAAUGAGAUCCCUAGGAACUCACAUUCAGAUGAUGAUUUAAGUGCCCUUUUACAGGAAGAAGAAGAUCUUGUAAAUGCUCACCGGAAACAAGUGGAAGAGACUAUGAAUAUUGUUAAAGAGGAGAUGAAUCUAUUGGUUGAAGCAGACCAACCAGGGAAUCAGCUCGAUGACUAUAUUUCUAGAUUGAAUGCCAUUCUAUCUCAGAAGGCUGCAGGCAUCCUGCAAUUACAAACUCGUUUGACUCAGUUCCAGAAGCGUUUGAAAGAGCACAAUGUUAUCGUAUCUUCUUCUGGUCACUGAUUUGAGGUUGAAGUUUGGAUUGGUUCUCCUUGAGAAUAAUAGUUGAAAGUUUGGCACCGAAUCGUUUGGAUUUCAGCGCCUCAUGCCAUGAUUAAUUUUGCGAUUCUUUAUGUAUGUUUUACAAUCUCUACCAUCUCAGAGGUAAUUGGAAUUUUUCCUGGAUUAAGGUUCAACUUUUUUCUUCGCAUUAUGUUGUGCUUGUGAAGAUUGGUCAUCAUUUUUUAAUAGCCAUUCAUGGAUUCCAUGCCACAAGGCAUUUGUAUAGCUCUGCAUCUUUGUAAGUUGGAUUGAAAAGUGUUUGGUUUUCGCGUGGAGAUAGAUUGAUGGGCAAUCAUGUAUUUCUCCUACCUCAGGAUACACACACAAUAUUAUUGUCAUGAUUCCUUCUUCAAGAGCUUUUCAAUGCGUUCGUCA